AUGAAGAAAUUAGAGAUAAAUUUUGAAAGUGUUAGCAAGAGGAUAAAGUUAGGAGCGAACGUGAUGGAGAAGAAGGUUAUGAAUGUAAAUGUUAAUGUAGGAGGCAGAAAGAUGGAAGCAGCUUAUUUGUGUAAGCAUUUGGGGUUGAGUAUAGCGGACAACGAAAUGGGCCACAUCCACAUCUACAUCUUCCUGUUGGCAUCCCAGGCGAUUCCGCUAUGCAGUGUCAAUUCUUCUGACCCCUCAAAUUCACUGGCUCCGUCGAGGACAAGCAUUCACCAGGCACAGAAAAACGCCUCCCAUUCCCUUCCCCAACACCACCAGGGACUAAUUCAUCUCGGUAGAUCAACAGCGAAGGACUUCAGUGGCGAAGUCUUGUUAGCUGAUGCUCUUUCUUACAUCGCCCAUCACCACUUCAGGCACUGUUCCCUCGUAGUGGCUUUCGAUGGGGCCUUUGCGGAAUCUCUCGUCCUCAGGGCAAUGAUCAAGUUGCCUCAUAACAAACAGGUGAUAGAAGUGCAAGCACCUGGGAACUUCUCAGGCACUCUUUGGACAUCUUUCCAGUGCAGGGGAUACAUAUUUCUCUUCCGUGAUGCCCACUCAAUUCUCUCCUUUACAGACGAGGCUGAUGACCCGUGGGAUUAUCGAGGAAAGUAUGUUUUUGCCGGACUCACAAAGAAGGAACUAGAAACCAUUAUCAAAACAAAGAAAGGAAGGAACACCGAACAUAUCACCGGAUUCGUGAAGGAGAAGGAUACAGAUGAAUGGAAAAUGUACAUGAACCAGCUCUAUUGGGGGGAAGGGAUGACUCUCGUCAACAGAUGGCGCCACCGUGGCUUCACUUCUGAUGGAGAGAUUUUCCCGGUCAAAACUUGGGACCUGAGAGGAGCUCCAAUCAUUUUAUACACAUUCCAUUUCGAACCUCAUGUCAUCUUUAACGCUCCAGGAAAAAGACCUCAUGGAAGAGAUAUCAAGAUGGCAGAUACACUUGCAGAGGUUCUCAACUUUACUCUGGUCAUCAAAAAAUCUCCAGAUGGCGAAUUUUGGGGGUAUCCUGACGCAAAUGGCUCUUGGAAUGGAAUGAAUGGAAAGCUGCAAAGACGAGAAGGCCACUUUGGAAUUACCAACUCAUUCAUUACUAGCAAUGAUAACUGCCUGGCAGCUAUUGAUUUCUCGCGGUUCUAUUACUGUGACCAAAGCUGCUUCAUGACCAGAAUUGAACCACCUGUACCUAAGUGGCAGUCACUACUGGCUCCUUUCGCGCUGUCCACCUGGAUUGUUACUCUUAUUAGUUUACUGGUCAUCUCUCCGAUUGUCUACUUCCUUGCAAAUGGCCCGACAACUGAGUAAAUAUUUGAUUAGAUUUUCUGUUACUCUUUGUCUCUGCUAAAGUGCAAAUGGUGAUUGGAAGGUUAACCAGAUGCCCAUUUCUAGGUUGGGCCUUCAGGAAACAGAACAAGAGGACUGAAAGGGAGAAGGCCAGGACUUGAAUACGAAUGAGGUGAUAGACCUGCUUGUUCUAAUAAGUCUUUCUAUUUUUUGAAAGACUUCACCCGUGACUGUAUACUAUAUUCUUUUCAUGUGCGGAAGUGAUGAAAUGGAUGUUAUACCACCUGUUUGCCAUACAUGUUUGUAAAGCAAAAUAAAAUCGAAACUUC